AUGGGCGGCCGCGGCUCGGCGGCGCUGCGCCUCUGGCUCCUGCUGCACAUCCCGCUGCGGUGCUCACCUGUGGCAGGUGCGGCGGGCACGGCUGCCGGGCGCCCAACCCUCCUCCUGUCCUCCUUGAGCUCGGAGCUGCUGCGCUUCCUAGAAGACGGGGAGUAUGACAUUGUGACAGCGUACGAGGUAGACCAAAAUGGGGAUUACAUCAGUCACGCCAUUGCGCAUCAUGACAGGAGGAAGAGGUCAGCAGGAGGAAAUGACUCGCUCCACCUGCGUUUCCAGGGAUUUGGCCACGACUUCCAACUCGACCUUAAGACUUCUAAUUUCCUUGUGACACCAGGAUUUACAAUACAGACGUUGGGCAAAGGGAGAACCAAGUCAGUACAGGCCUACCCGGCAGAAGAGUUUUGCUUUUAUCAAGGAGUCUUGCGAUUGCACAAAAACUCCUCCGUAGCACUUUCAACAUGUGGAGGCUUGUCAGGCUUGAUAAGGACGCAGGAGGUGGAUUACUUCCUGAAACCACUACCUCCAAAUCUUGCACUUAAACGUGACUUCUCUGCUCCUGACGGCCACCACUCUCACGUACUGUAUAAGAGAUCUCCUGAGCCACAACUGUCAAUUGAGAACGAAGUCACUGUGAACAAGAGGCAAAGGGAGGCAGAAGCUCCGCAUGUUUUCCAUGAACCGCGGCACCCCCACAGUUCCAAGCAGCAAAGCAAACGGCACUUUUGUGGAAGGCACAAGAAAUAUAUGCCACAGCCUCCAGGUGGAGAUAUCUUUAUCUUGCCCGAUGAAUAUAAUUACCUACUGAGAAACAAGCGCUCUCUUCUGAAGGGCUACAAGAACAAAGAGAUGAAUGUGGAGACUUUAGUGGUGGUUGACAAGAAGAUGAUACAAAACCACGGUCGCGACAAUAUCACUACUUACGUUCUGACUAUACUUAAUAUGGUUUCUGCUUUGUUUCGAGAUGGAACAAUUGGAGGGAACAUUAACAUCGCUGUCGUUGGUUUGAUCCUUUUGGAAGAAGAGCAGCCCGGGCUCACGAUCAGUCAUCAUGCAGACCACACCUUGAGCAGUUUUUGCCAGUGGCAGUCGGGACUGAUAGGGAAAGACGGCAGCCGACAUGACCACGCCAUUCUGCUUACCGGCCUGGACAUCUGCUCCUGGAAGAACGAGCCGUGUGAUACUCUUGGAUUUGCUCCAAUCAGUGGGAUGUGCAGUAAAUAUCGCAGCUGCACCAUUAAUGAAGACAGUGGACUGGGGCUAGCAUUUACUGUUGCUCACGAGUCUGGACACAACUUUGGCAUGGUCCAUGAUGGAGAAGGGAAUAUUUGCAAGAAGUCUGAAGGUAACAUCAUGUCCCCCACCCUGGCAGGACACAACGGGGUCUUCUCAUGGUCAGCUUGCAGUCGUCAGUAUCUCUACAAAUUUCUAAGCUCCACCCAGUCCUUGUGUCUUGCCGAUCAGCCGAAGCCCGUGCAGGAGUACCAGUACCCAGAAAAGCUUCCCGGAGAGCUGUACGAUGCGGCCAUUCAGUGCAAGUGGCAGUUUGGAGAGAAGGCCAAGCUGUGCAUGAUGGACUUUAAAAAGGAUAUUUGCAAAGCAUUGUGGUGCCACCGGGUUGGAAGGAAAUGUGAAACUAAAUUUAUGCCCGCUGCAGAAGGUACAAUGUGUGGUUAUGACAUGUGGUGUCGUGGUGGCCAGUGUGUGAAAUACGGUGAUGAAGGGCCCAAGCCAACCCAUGGACAUUGGUCAGAGUGGUCCAGAUGGUCAUCUUGUUCCAGAAGCUGUGGAGGAGGCAUAUCUCAUCGAGAGCGAAAUUGCACCAAUCCAAGACCCUCUCAUGGAGGAAAGUUCUGUGAAGGUUCCCCUCGGAUGUUGAAGCUCUGUAACAAUCAGAAGUGCCCGAAAAACAGCAUUGGCUUCAGAGCAGCCCAGUGUGCAGAAUUCAACAGCAAGCGCUUUAGAGGGUGGAAUUACAAGUGGAAACCUUACUCUCAAGUGGAAGAUCAAGACUUGUGCAAGCUCUAUUGUAUUGCAGAGGGCUUUGACUUCUUCUUUUCUCUAUCAAACAAAGUAAAAGAUGGGACACCAUGUUCCGAGGAUAGCCGUAACGUUUGUAUAGAUGGGAUUUGUGAGAUGGUCGGCUGUGAUUAUGUCUUAGGCUCCAGCACAGUGGAAGACGCUUGCGGAGUGUGCAGAGGAGAUAAUUCAAGCUGCAGAAUCUAUAAAGGGCAAUACACUAAAUACCACCCUGCGAAUCAGUACUAUACACUGUUCACCAUCCCUGCUGGAGCACGAAGCAUUCAUAUUUAUGAAAUGAACAUCUCCAACUCCUAUAUUGCUGUUCGCAGUUCCAGUAAAAAAUACCACCUCAAUGGCUACUGGACCGUCGACUGGCCGGGGAGAUACAAGUUUGCUGGAACUGUGUUUGAGUACCGGAGGUCACACAAUCAACUGGAGAUGUUAAGUGCAUCAGGACCCACAAAUGAAAGUGUGGUCUUAGAGCUUCUCUCUCAAGGUAAAAACCCAGGAAUCGCUUGGGAAUAUUCCCUUCCUAAGGCAGAAAAUGAAAAGACGACCACAGUGAAGCAUAACUAUACUUGGGCUGUCACCCAUUCCAAAUGCUCGGUCUCGUGUGGAGGAGGUCAAAUGGUUGCCAAAGAAAGCUGCUAUAAAGACCUCCAAGUGCAAGUGGAUACUUCUCUUUGCAAUCCGCAGAGUCGGCCCACCACUGGAAUUGUUCCUUGCAAAAUGCCACCUUGCCUUCCGAGCUGGGCUGUUGGCAACUGGAGCGAGUGCACGUUGACCUGUGGAGGAGGAGAACGAUAUCGGUCUGUUCACUGCAUGCAGAGAAUUCAGCUCAAGCCGGAGUGGGUGUCCCGCUCUCUUUGUCGUUACCCGGCCCCCGUCACCAGGGAGCUUUGCAACACCCAAAACUGUCCAUCGGCCUGGAGUGCUGGGCCCUGGUCCGAGUGCUCUCGAACAUGUGGGAAAGGGUGGAGAAAGAGAGUAGUCCUAUGCAAAAGCUCCAGUUCCUCUUUCUGGCCUCAGAUUUUGCCUGAUUCAGCCUGUGUAGUGGAACUAAAACCAAAAAUGCAAGAAACCUGCCUCCUUAAGCGAUGCCACAAAACCAAGAAGCUGCACUGGCUUGUGUCUACGUGGUCUGAGUGUUCUGUCACAUGUGGAAAGGGAUUACGGAGAAGAACACUGAACUGUGCAGAGAAAUCUGUUUCUGGAAAGUACAGAGAGCUGGCUCCUAAGAAGUGCUCCUACCUACAGAAACCCAGCGUGGACUUGGAAAAUGCCUGCAUCUUAAACCCAUGCCCCAGACACCCCAUAUCUUCACCCACAAGUCAGAGCAGCUGGUUCUCUUCUCCCUGGUCUCAAUGCACAGCAACGUGUGGAGGGGGCACACAAGUACGGUCUGUCCAGUGCCUCGCCAAUGGGAGAUCGGCCACUGGAUGCCUCUCGCACCAGAAGCCCGUUGCCUCACAAGCCUGUAACACAAACUUCUGCCCUCUUCUGGAAGCAAACGAUGCCUUCUGCAAGGAUUACUUUAAUUGGUGCCACUUGGUUCCCCAGCACGGUGUUUGUAAUCAUAGUUUCUAUGGGAAACAAUGCUGCAGGUCUUGUAUCAACUCAAAUUUGUGA